AUGAAAGUAAAAACGCAAGAAAUCGACGGAAAAUUGUGAAAAAGUGCAAAAAGUUCUAAUUACAAAUAGCGGUGGACUAAGUGAUUACAAUAAAUUAAAUAAUCCAAUUGGUAACCGAAAAUUUACGUCACAUUUGUGUAUAAUAAAAAAUGAGAUUUCGUCGUGUGGUCGAUUUUGAAAUUACAAGAAUGAAAAUGCAUAUAGUGUGAAAAGCGAAAAGAAAAUUCCUCCCAACAACAAAUGCAGCAGUGGCAAAGCAACUCAUACGGCCGCGCCCCCAAGCCCACUUACUGCCAGGAAGAAUAGCACUGGUGGUCAUAGUGAUUCCCUUGCAAAAGAAAAUUCUUAUAUCGCGUUGCAUAUAAAUCGAGAAACAAGUUUAGUUAUAGGAAAAGUUACGAAUUUUACAAGCAGCAAAUAGAUAACGUGCAAGUGUUUUAGCAUUCCUUUAUUAUAUUGUGUUGUCGGGUGGUUGUGUGAUCAAACGAUUAGGGGAUAGCAAGUCAGUGGCGAGUGCCACAAGAGCUGUGACGACAACGAGUCGGUCGGUGGGUUAAGGUGGAGGGGGGUUGCCAAAAGGUAUUUGAACAAUUUUUCGCCAAACCCACUUACCUACUUUAACACUAGCACAUUAGCUGAAAACAAUCAGCCGCUUGCGUAGUCGGCUAAUACAACCUUCAGCAAGUCAAAACAAAUAAUAGAUUCGGAGUAAUGGCCGCACAACUCGAUCCGAAUGUCAAGGACGACUUGAAGACUCAGUUCGUGACGCGUGAAGGCACCUACCGGUUACUCACGCUGUCUGAGUACUCCCGUCCAAAUCGUGUUGGCUACAAUACCAAUCAAAGUUCACCGCAAGUGCGUGUUUCCAUUGUGUCGCUGCCUAAUAAUAACCCGUGUCCAAAUACAAUAAGUGGCACAAGCGGUGGUGGUAGCACCGCUAUAGCUGGCUCUAUAAAUGGCAAUGUGAAUGGUUCUGCAACAAAUAAUUCCAAAGGAAGUGGUGAUGGUUCUGCGAAUGGUAGCAAUGCGUCCGCCACUGGUUCUUUAGUGAAUGGUCAACAACAGGCUGCUUACGGUGUGCCAGCUACCAUGGAUGCGCGACUUGGUGCGGGCAUUUCUAUGCAUACAAUGAUCAACGGUGGCUCGGAUGGACAAAAUGGUCUGGCUAGUCAAAUCUAUGGAGGUGAUCGGAUUUGUUUCAAUUUCGGCAGGGAAUUAUACGUCUAUGCAUUUAGAGGAGUGAAAAAGGGUGCAGAAAUGACCAAACCGAUCGACAAGAAGUUCUAUAAAGGCACCAAUCCGAGUUGUCAUGACUUCAACGCGACUACAGCCACCUCGACUGGCGCGCCGCUGCUCGUCGGUUUCACCACAGGGCAAAUCCAGCUCGUUUCCCCACAGCCAGGACCACGUGAGCUGCGCAAGCUAUACAAUGAAGAGCGGCUGAUUGACAAGACCAAAGUGACAUGCCUGAAAUGGUUACCGAAUUCACCGAAUUUAUUUUUGGCUUCGCACGCAUCAGGCAAUCUGUAUUUAUACAACGAGGACCUCCCUUGCACACCGACUGCGCCCAACUAUCAGCCCUUUAAAAUGGGCGACGGCUAUACAAUACUCACCUGCAAAUCGAAAUCGACGCGUAAUCCACUGUACAAAUGGAUAUUCAACACCGAGAAUUGCUGCAUCAACGAGUUUUGCUUCUCGCCAUGUGGUUCCAAUUUGGCCAUCGUCUCGCAGGAUGGCUUUCUGCGUGUCUUUCACUAUGACACCAUGGAGUUGCUGGGCAUAGCGCGUUCCUAUUUCGGUGGCUUUUUGUGUGUGUGUUGGUCGCCAGACGGCAAAUACAUUGUGGUCGGCGGCGAAGAUGACCUGGUGACGGUGUGGUCGCUGCAUGAACGACGUGUAGUGGCACGCGGUCAAGGUCAUCGUUCAUGGGUGUCCGUGGUGGCAUUUGAUCCCUACACCACAUCGUACACCAACUGGGAUGGCGGUGACUUUUCCGACGACGAAAAUCAAAUGAACGAAUACGGCAUUGGGCGAGAGGCGCGUUUCUCGGCCGAUUCAACGGCUAAUGGCUUCGAUUACAUACCCGGUGUCAGCAGCAUUGCGCAUGAGAAGAACUCCACACCGAAUCAUACACGACAGCGGCCACAUUCAGCAUCGUUUCGUUCGGAUGCAUCGUCAUCAGCGGCGCUGGCACCGGAUAAACUGGCGAUUAGCUAUCGUCUGGGCUCGGUCAGUCAGGAUACGCAAAUUUGUCUGUGGGACAUAACAGAGGAUGUGCUGAGACACCCAUUGUCGCUGCGUCAACGAGUCAAUAGCGUUAAUUUGAAUGAUACUAGUUAUAUGAACGGCGGUAUCGAUGCGGAUGGCAUCAAAGUGAUACGGCCAAUAGCCAUAGGUAAUAUAUCGGCACCAUUCUCACCACCACAACACACCAGCAGUCCAACGAAAGAAACAGUAGCGCCUGAGAACAACAGCAACAGCAGCUCAAGUAAAUUUUCUACAGCGAACUGCACCAUAUCAUCGCAAUCGUCGAACGCCAAUACGCCACCGGAUGAGGCAAUGCCAGCCGGCAGCAAUACAACAGGGAAUAGCAACAGUAACAUCAAAGCAAACAAUGCCAACAACAAGGUGAAUGCAACAGGUAACUCAAUAAAAUUUCCCAACUGCAUCAGUGCCACCAAAUCGGACUCCAUUGAAGGUAACAACAAGGACACCGCUUCGACAGUCUCCACGUCCGGCUACAACAGCAAGAACUCGAAUAGUUCCACCAAGUCUUCAGAUUCGAGCGUCUCGGCAUUCAACAGCCUCACGCAGCGCUUUUCGAAUUUCAGCUUUCUAAGCAACUCGGACAAGAAGACGACCUCCUCAAUAACUGGUUCCUUUGAUGCGUCACAAAUUGCGGCGACGCAUCGCACACAUCGUAAGGGCAUGAGUCUGCUCAAGUCCAACAACCAAACGAAUAACAGCAAUCACAACCACCAAGCAUAUGGUGCGGGUAGCAGCGCGACAGCCAGCGGCAACGACCACAAUAGUGGCGGUGGCGGCGCCGGCGGCGGCAUUGGCAGCAGCAGCACGACGGCGCAUAGCUUCGGUUCACUUAAGCUGGGCAAAUCCAAUACACAUUCACACAGCUCAUCGUUGAGCGCAGCAUCCAAUGCUGUAGUGACUUCCUACGAUCCCAUGAAACUGAUCGGCACACCCUCGUGUCCACGCUUCGACGAAUGUCCACUGCUCGAGCCGCUGAUAUGCAAGAAAAUCGCGCAUGAGCGUCUCUCGGCGUUGAUAUUUCGUGAAGAUUGCUUCCUAACCGCGUGCCAAGAUGGCUUUAUCUACACAUGGGCCCGGCCCGGCUAUGCAACCCAAAAUGUACCACAGCAUUUAUCACCAAGUCAAGCGGCGCCUCCCGGUGGUACGGUAAUAUAGUUCGAUAAAAUAAAUAUGAACAACUAUGCACAGAAUCGCAUAAGGAGCAGUCGCAUGUCAUUGGAAACGCCAGAAUAAAUUUACGAACUCAUGCGCGCCGGCCUAAGUCACAAAGUGAACGUUGAGAGUGCGUGGAUUUAAACUGGUGUGAGAUUUAUGCAUGCAAAAUACACUUGGAAAGUAAAAACAAAAAGAAAAUCAGAAGCAAAAUUUAUAUAUAAACAAAACAAACAAAAAUACCAUUUAAACGUCAUUUAAAAUGACGGCGAUAAAACUAUAAACCUAUUUUCAAAUAUUCCACUGUAAUUAGCAUAAAUAUAUAUAUACAAGCAAAGUAUGUAAAACAAUACUAUUAUGCAUAUAAAUAUAUUAAAUAUUUUUAGUAAUCUUUAAGUCAACUUGUUGAAAGCAAAAACAAAGAUAUAAAAUAACGAAAAUGGAAUGAAACAGCAAAACAGGAAAACAAAAACAAAUAAAACAUUUAUUUAAUACUAAGGUAUGCAAAUAGUGAGCACACACUUACACACAUACACCAUAACGCAUAGUAAACGCGCGAACAAUAAAACAAUAAACUCACUAAACAAAAAACUGCAGCGAAAGGAAAGAAGCUUAGCAAUAGCAAACUAUUUAGAGUGCUUUAGAAAGCAGCGUGCGUCACGUCAGCGUCUACUUCAGUGCACAACAAAGUCGUACAUAGUAUAUUUCUAGAGAAUAUUUCGUAGUGUGUAAUUGUGUUUGUGCGGUGAAUUUUGUUAUAUUACAAAAAUAUAUGCGAAAUGCAGUAGAACUGAAA